UGGUGCUUUCAUCAUGUACUCAAAUCCUCCAAUGAAUUACCCUUAUCUUACACCUUCAUCUCAUCAAUGGAGCAUUCCUCCUACAUAUCCCACAAACCCCUCUUUCACAACUCCUACCACACCUUCAUUUCCAUCUUUCCCAUGGGAAAUCUUUACACCUUCUUACACUCAUGGAUCAUCAUCCCCAAAUUUGUAUCAACAUCAUGGAUAUUCACCACAUCAUUCAUAUAUUUAUCCAUCUCAUUCACAUGUUUAUCCAAAUUACUAUAACAAUAUUCAUGAACCACACACGCACCACACAACAGAACAACUUUUGACCUCACACCCUCUAUUCACCCAACAUCAAACAGUCAACGAUUCCACUUAUAUGGGUAGCCACUACCAAGAAGCAACACAUCAAAUUAACUAUCAGGAAAUUUCUCUAGUGAAAAAGAAAUCAUGUCAGUUGUCUAAGUUGAGAUUCUCCUCCUUAUUAUCGGUUAAAACCGAUAAAAACAAAAGAGGAAAAAGAAGAACUAUAACCAGAAAAGAAAAGCGAGCUUCUGAACCAAAAACUCUGAGAUUUUCGACGACAUUACCAACCAUUUCAUCAGAACCACAAAUGCUCGAUCCAAAAACCGAACCUCCCGACAACAACGACCUCACGGUGGAUGACUACAACGAAGCUCACGAUAUCGUUCUUACCUCCGAUUUUCAACCGAUUCGUUCACUCCCUGUUUUUAACCCCAAUUUCGGUUCUUCGUUCGCGAAAACUUGGAACUCCGAUUUCAACCUUGACCACCGAAGAAAUCUCGACCAGGAAACUGAAGCUAUCAUCGUUACGACUCCUCAAUUGAAGCGGAAAGGUGAAGCAGUUGGUUUUGAAGCUGAUUUAGGUGUUAGGAUGACUCCUGGAUCCACUGAACCAACCGAUGGUUCUUAUUUGAUGUCUGUAUCUAAAGAUUUCUCAUCCCUCACUUCCAUCCUCUCCCGCGAAGACCACCCUCCUCUUUCGGAAUCCCAAGCCGUCGGCGUCGUCGCUUCCUCCCAAGCCAAUUACAUGCGCGUAGUCGUCCAGUCUGUCCCCGAAGAAUCUUCCGGAGGGGUAGAACUUCUGUGCAUUGUGAGGGCGCUGCUGAAGAAGAUAAAGCGUAGGGUUACGGUUGGGGAUAAGGUUCUAGUAGGUUUUAUUGAUUGGGUGGAUCGUAGGGGCAUGAUUGAAAAUGUGUUUCUCAUGUUUCUGAGAAGUAAUGGUGUUGUUGUUUUUGCUUAUGAGACUUGUGCUCUUGACUUGCUUGAAGCUACUUAUGAGAGGAAAGUAUUCCCUGGUGAGGUUGUUACGGUUGACGGUAACAGGAUUCAAUCGCUUUGUCUCAUGUCUCAUCCGCAGCCGAAGCAAUGUAUUUUCGAGCAUACUUACUUUGCUUUGCCUAAUUAUGUUGUUUUUGGUAGGUCUGUGUAUGAGUCGCGUAGACGAUUCGGUAAGGUGCUUAAUACUGAGAGCCCUGUUGAUUUUGAUGUUAUGAUAGCAGUUCCUGAUUCUAGUGUUGUUGCUGAGCUUGGUAAUGCAAGAAAAAUGCCACUGAAUUUCCCAGUCAUUAUAAGGAAAGAGUUGAAGGAAACUAUGCGUGCUCUUGUGAGGAGUAUAAAAAUGGUCGUGAUACCUUCGGUAUAUUUUAAGAGCAUAAUUAAGUUGCUCCACCAUUCAGAUAAAAAUUUUGGAAAAAAGGCUCUUGGGCUGUUAUGUGAUGCUGCAAGAAAUCACGAAAAACUCAGCGUAGCUCUUAAAGACAACAAAGGUUCAAGGUCAAGUUUUCCUUGGCUUCAUAUGGAUGAAAGUUCUCAAGAGUCACUCGAUAAAAUGUGUUUAAAAAUUCUUCAAGUACUUGAUGAGUCAUCAAAUACAUCUUUGAAAGUAGCAGCAGUUUCAGCGUUGGAAGUUCUUACAGAAAGGUUUCCUUCGAAUAGUUCCAUCUUUGGUGUAUGCCUUGGAUCUAUUACAAAAUGUAUUACAUCUCAUAACUUGGCUGUGAAUUCUAGAUGCCUUAGAACAUCUGCUGCGUUGAUCAAUGUUCUUGGUCCUAAAGCAUUGGCUGAAGCUUCAUCCAUAGUACUUUCGUUCUCGGUGUUAGCGUUUUCCUCCUUUACAAUUCCGUUUAAUGGUCAUUUUGUUUCCAGUCCAUUAUCUGUAUCAAUUGCAACAGUCAUAGAGAUUGUAUUUACCUUGAACAACUACAAUGACACACUUAUCACUUUCCACUCAUCAAACAACAUUUCUAUGCUUCAAGCUCAACCAAGUCAACAUGCUUUGCCCUGGUAUUGCCACUGGACCUUACUUCCUCAUCACCUUGCUAUGCAUCCCUACUCGCAACCGACUCUUCCUUUUGGGCAUUUUACGGAUAAUGGUGCUGCAACACCAGCUGGGUUGGUUGCUGCUUCACUAUCACAUGCUUUUGCUCUUUUUGUUGCUGUUUCUGUUGGUGCUAAUAUCUCUGGUGGACAUGUUAAUCCGGCUGUCACUUUUGGUGCAUUUGUUGGUGGACAUAUUACACUUGUUAGAGGUCUUUUGUAUUGGAUUGCUCAGUUGCUUGGUUCUGUUGUUGCUUGUUUGCUCCUUAAGAUUGCCACAGGUGGAUUGGAAACGUCUGCAUUCUCAUUAUCUUCUAUUGGAGAAUUCGGGAGUAAUUUUAGAACCUUGAGGACAAGGUUCAAGUGAACCCCGCGGCAAUGAUAGAAGGGUAUUUUAUGAUUUAUAUUAGUAGUAUUGUUAUUGUUAGAAGGGUAAUAAUAGAACUUAUAUUAUUAGUAUGGUUAUUGGGCUUUUAGUAGUGUUUAGGCUUUUAUGUUAUUAUUAUCCAUUAAGAAUGUUAUAUAAUGUAGUCUCAUAGAGACAUCUGAAAUCAAUCAAUGAAAAUCAAAGUUAUCUUUUAA